UAAAAGAAAAAGAAGAAUAAUUUUUUUUGUAUAAAUAGCACAAGAUUCGGGAGGUGAAAACACAAAUUAAACCAAAGAAAGAAAGAAGAGAAGAAGCGAUUGCAGAAAUCUCAAAUUUCACAGUCGAUUUUGCCGAAUAAAUCCCAGGAAAUGGAUAUCAUCACCAUGCUUUGGGGAUUGGUGGGUCUGUUGGCCUUGUUAUUUAGGGGACAUAACAUUGCUGAGAGGAAGAGACUUCUCCAAGGCAAACUUGAGUAUUUAAGAGCUAGGAUGCAGGACAUAGGAGAUUUCUGUAGUACUCGGUUUCGACGAGGCAAGAAACAAAAGCUAGAUAAUGACCAGUUGGAAUGGAUGGAUGAAGCCAGGGAACUAAUAAAGAAAGCUGAAUUUGUGUUAGGACGGCAUGUUGGAGGAUGGAGGGGAUUUUUGAUGGGUGUGAAGACAUGGGAUGUUGAAAAAUUGGUUGAUGCUUUUGAAGUCCAUGACAAGAAGGGUGAUGAGCUCUUCGGACUGACCAUGUCUGAUGCACGAGUCCUACAUCGUGGCUAUUAUAUACCAGUGAAAGCGUUAGUUGGAGAAGUUGCUUCAAGUACUUUGAAUCAACUCGAGCUUUUAUUACAAGAUGAUAAUGUUGGAAGGAUUGCCAUUCAUGGGGUAGAAGGAGUUGGUAAGACCUUUUUGAUGAAGCACCUGCACAACAGUGCAGUGAAGUGGGUUGAGAAAUUUGAUCAUGUUUUCUGGGUCACUUUCUCAUCUCAAUUCACUAUCGAGCAUGUACAGGAUCUUGUUGCUGCACUUGUGAACUGUGAUUUCACCAGUGAUGAUGACUUGAAUCUAAGGGCAAGUGAGCUCUCAGAUACACUUGCGGGUCUGGGCAAUUUUGCACUUUUCUUAGAUGGUGUACCAGGGGCCGAAUUUUCUUUGGACCAGGUAGGAAUUCGUGUCCCUGCAGAAGGGAGCAAAUGCAAGGUAGUUUUAACUACUAUUUCUAACUUGGAAUGUAGAUUGCUGGAUCAUUUUGAAGCUGUCAAAGUUGAUCCUCUUCCUAAGGAAGAAGGAUACCAGUUGUUCAUGCGUGAAGCCAAUAUUGGGGAAGCAUUUGUUUCUUCCCUUGAUGGCAUAUCUAACUCACUUGCUGAUAGGUGUUCUGGACUGCCACAUAUGAUUGUGAAUAUAGCUACUCACAUGUAUGGCAUAGAUGACUCAUGUGAAUGGAGAAAUGCACUGUAUGAAUUUGGACGCCUGGGGAUGAAAAACAAAUUACUUCCCAUUGAGGGAGUAACUUAUGAUUCAUCACCUCUUGUGUGACAGUAAAUAAAACUAUGGAUGGAUGUGGUACCUUCUUCUUCUGCUCCAGGCUAAGAAACCUUCCAAAUUUUGUCGGAUUAGGUUGAUAAGGAACUGAGAACAGUAGAAUUUAUCAAGGACGAGUAGCUGGGUGUUUCAUUGGGUCAUUGUAGAGGAAGUCGACUAACAUGCAGUUGAUCAGGGUCCUUAAGAUCCAGGUUUAAUGAUUGAAAGAUAUGGUUAUGAGUGGUUUUCUUUCUAGCUGAUGAUUUCAUUCAAUUAAUUAAGAGGAGCAGAGUCAAGAAGAGCUUGAUCUCCGGACCUUCUUAUAUUGAUGUUCAAUGAUUUUACCACAGUAAGUGAAGUGAUCUCCACAAAUGUAACAUAUAGGAAGACGAAUUCGAGACUAAAGUAUAGAACUUUUUGUUGAGAAAGACCUAUUAAAAUAGUCAUUUUGUUGGGAAAGACUAAAUAAAAUCUUUUUUGUUGAAAAAGACCUAUUAUAAUAUUUCCAUUUGUUACUUAAAACCACCUCAACGUUUUCCGGCUAAAAACCCUUCCUUUCUCAUUAUAUGGGACCAACCUAUUUUUUUCUAUCCUGAUCCCUUAACUCUACCAAACCCUUUCCUCUUGCUUCCCAUUUUAAGGGAUUAUGGUAGAAAAAUAUAGGUUGGUCCUAUUUAAUGCGAAAGGGAGGGGAAGAAAGUUAACUUUUUGGCCAGAAAAUGCUGAGUUGGUCUUAAUUAACAAAGGAAAGUAUUAUAAUAGGUAUUUUUCAACAAAAAGUUUUUAUUAAGCAUUUUCCAACAAAAUAACUAUUUUAAUAGGUACUAUUUCUUAACAAAAAGUUCUAAAGUAUACAACUUCAUGAGCCUUUUUGCCAACUUUUGUUUGUAGUGGAUGGCUGGGGGGCUCUACAUGCGAAAAUCCAGUAUAAAAUGUAAUUUUGUAUGUAUAUAUCAAUUUUAUCCUUUA